AUAUAAAUUUGAUAUCUGAGUAGGGAGUCUAUUUGUCGGAGAGUCUCUGGACAAGAAUCAUAAGAUUUUUAUUUGCAGUUAUUUGCUGAAAGUACAUCGUUGCAGUGUUGAAGCAUUAGUUUAAAAAUUUCUGUAUUAUUUUUUAAAUUAGCUCAAUUAAAUUUAAAAAUAAAACUAUAAAUUAAAAAUAAAAAUUAUUAUAUCAAACAAUGACGACAAUAAUUGUGGAAAACUUGACAAAUGUCAAUGAAAAAAAUGAUCUAAAAUCAUUUGAAAACAUCACAAGUGAAAAUUACAAAAUCAAUUCAGAUUUUAAAAUAAAUAAACUCAAUAUUUUAAGUGAUUUAAAAAAUAAUAAUAUACUAAUUGAAAUAUUAUUAAAUCCUGAUGUACAAAAAAUUAUUGAAGAAUCAAUAUCAUCAAUUGAAAAUGAUGAUAAAUUGAAUAAAAAUUUUGACAGGCAAAAAUAUUUUGAAGAAUUAAUUGAAGCUAAUUAUCCAAAUUUACCAAAAACACUUGUUCCCUUGACAACUGGAAUAACACUACCCGGUGAUUGUGGUAGAAAUGCAGAUGACAUACCAGAUUGGCUUGAUCAUGAUAAAUUUUUAAAAGGUCAACGUUUUGCUAUGGAUAAUUUAUUUGGUAUAAGUUUUGCUGAGAUGUUAUCUUUAUUUGUUUUAUAUUCAUUUGAGGAGGGUUUGAAACCCAUUAUAAUGACUCAAAAUUCAUCAAAACCUUAUGAAGCAUUUAAAAGAUUCUUGUCAACUGGAAAUAGAGUGAGAAAUUGGUAUACAAGUGAUAUUUGGAAAAAAGGAACACCAGGAUAUAAUGACAUAGAAAUUGUCAGAAAAAUGCAUGGAAAUGUUAGAAAUAGAUUAGAAAAAUUAACUAAAAAUGAAAUUGAUAAUGCUGCUAAAAUAAUACCUGCUUUAUCAAAAAAAACAAAUAUAACAAUUGAUGAUUUUCGUGAUUGUUGUGAAGCUCCUAAAAUUGGACAGUGUCCAUUUACAUCGGAUGCAUAUCGUUUAAAUAAAAUAAAAGGAUUAAAUCAAACUGAAAUGUCAAUAACACAUUGGGCAUUUAUUGGAUUUACAAUUAGUUAUCCAGAAUAUUUUGGUAUUCAUGAUGCAAAAGAUGAAGAUCUUGAUGCAUUUUGUCACAUGUGGAGAGGAAUUGGAUAUCGUCUUGGUAUUGAUGAUAAAUAUAAUUUUUGUCAAGGUAGUUUGACAGAAAUUAGAGAUCGUUCAAAUGAUCUUUUGGAAUUUUGGGCAAAACCUCUAUUUAGAAAUGUCACUCCAGAAUGGGAACAUAUGAUGAGAUGUCUCAUUGAAGGUAUUGGAUAUUAUACACCGGGUUUAGAUUAUGACACUUCUUUAUUUUACUUGUGUAAUAUAUUAAAUUGUAAAAUGCCAAGAUUUCAAUCUUCAAUGAGUUUAUUAUCUUACGCCAAAUAUCGACUAACAAAAACUUUAUUUUUGUAUUUAUUUCGAAUUCCUGGGAUACGAAAUUAUAUGAAUGAAAAAGUAAUACGUAAUGUUGAUGCAGCAAAUAAUUAUGAUGAAAAUAAACAUGCUGAAUUACAAAAAAAAUCAACAAAGUCAAUGAACACAUAAUAAAAAUAAAUUCUCUUAAAUUUUAAUUUUUUUCAAGUAAUUUUAAAUCAUUUGUAAAUAUUUUUUUAAAUGAAAUUAAAUUACGAAAAAAUUAUUGUAUUAUAAAUUAUAUUUUUUUCGAUAAAUAAAUAUUUCGAAAAACAAAUUAUUGAAUUAUUGUAAUUUCGAAUUAAAAAUAUUUCGAAAUAUUUCAUAAAGAUGUCGUGUAUUGAG